AUUUAAAAGAGAAAAACAGUAAUGUCGGACUCGGAGCUCAAGCUUUUCUAUUCCAACGCCAAAGGGCGGGCGGAACUAAUUAGACUGGUGCUGGCAGCGGCGGGAAAACAGUUUAAUGACGUCAGGUUUGCCAGGGAGGAAUGGCCGAAGUAUAAGGUCGAUGCCCCGUUCGGACAGAUGCCAUACAUGGAAAUUGAUGGAAAAUUUUACAGCCAGUCCAUUGCUCUGGCGACCUACUUUGCCAGGGAAUAUGGGUGAACUCAUAAAGACUUUUAAAGAGACAGAUUCUCCAAGAUUGUUUGGCUAUGUUGAAGCUCAGCUGAAAGAAAACGGAACGGGCUACCUUGUUGGUAGUGAGCUGAGUUUGGCAGACAUCGCAGUGUAUGACUUCAUCACCGGCGCCCUGGUGGAUCUUGUCUGUCCUCUGGAUAACUUCCCGCUGGUCAAGACCCUCACUGAAACAGUUGGCCAGAACGAGAGGAUAAAGAAAUAUGUGGCUGAACGACCUGCCACAUUAAUGUGAAAUCAUUUGAGAUGGUGAACUGAUAAAAGAAUAAAAAUGAUUUCGUUUAUAAUUUUUUUAAAAUUAUGCUGGAGAUGUUUAUAUGUUAAAGAUGUUAGAAUUUCUUUGUGAAUACAAUUUUGAAUGCAUAGAUUUCGUACUUUUGCAUUGGGAGCACUAAAAUAGAACAAUAGAAAUA